AUGGAUGAAAAUAAUGUUACUUUCUUAAACAAUCUUGAUUGGAGAUCCAAGUUAUUUACCAUCAAAAUCAAGGUGUUAAGACUUUGGAUUCGUGUGAAUCCAAAAAGAGAAGGAGAAAUCGUUGGUACUGAAAUGGUGGUCAUGGAUGAGCAGGGUACCAGGAUGCAGGCAACUGUUUGGAGCAAGUUCAUGAAAAAACAUGAAAUUUUGCUUAAUGAAAACGAGUCUUAUUACAUUUAUAAAUCUCAACUUUCUGUCAUUAAGUCAAAUUUCAAACACUUUGAUAAGGAACAUGCUAUUAGCUUAAACUUUGAUACAUCUGUUAAAAGGUGUGAGAACUUUGAUGGAAGUUUAUAUGGUAUUCGGUUAGCCUCUUUUGAGUCCAUUAAAGGCGGUGAAGUCGAUGUCAAGUAUCGAGUUGAUUUUAUUGGAUAUGUAGAUGAGUGGUCUGAACCAGAGAUGACCAAAACGAAGAUUGGAAAAGAUAGCGAAUACAUGAACUUGCAAUUGCUGGAUGAAGAGGGUAUCAAGUUAAACUGCACUUUAUGGGAUGAGUAUUGCGAUGAGAUGUUUGGUUAUAUUCAGAGUCAUAAAGAAGAAGUUCAUGUUGUUCUGCUUGUGCAGUUUGGUAGUUUCAACAAGUAUAAAGGGAAGAUGACGCUAUCUAAUGCUUUCCAUAUAACAAGGCUGUUUAUCAAUGCUGACAUAGAGGAGAUUCGUUCAUUUAGAACAAAGUUUGUUGAGAAGAUAUGUAAAACAUCUUCUAAUGGUCAGAAAUCAAUUGGUUCAUCUGGAAGUAUAAGCGUUGCAGAUGACUUUUUAGUGAAGCAUCCGUUUUCCAAUUUUCGUGAUAUUACGCUCUUGGAUAAGCCUUGUGAGGUCAUAGUUCUUGGUACGAUCAUGGGUGUGGAUGAUAAAGGUGAUUGGUACUACCUUGGUUGUGAGGAGUGCACUCGGAAGGUUGAGACAACUAUGGUCAUUGAGGAUGCUGAAGACGGUGCUGAAGAACCUAAGUUUAAACAAGUUUUAGUUUGCUCAAAUCAAGAUUGUCUUAAGGAGGUUGUGGUUGCGACGCCGAUGAUUCCAAUAAGAGUACAAGAUUAUGCAGCUAUUGCCUCUUUGACUUUGUUCGAGCGUGAAGCUAGAAAAAUGUUGGGUGUGACAGCAAUUCAAUUGCUUGAGAAGUGUAAAGUGGAUCAGGCAUGUUUGGAAGAGAAAACCAUUCCCUAUCAGUUUAAAUCUUUGAAUGAUAAGAAGUUUGCCUUCAAGAUUCAAAUUAGUCAAUUCAAUAUUGACAACCAUAUUGAUGGUUAUGCUGUUCAUAAGUUGGUGAAUGAUGCAGCAAUCAUUGAGUCCUUGGAGAGCCGAAUUCCAGCUGAUCAGGGUGUGGACGAGGCGGCUGCUGAUGUUUCACUUAGUGAUAUGUCAACUGGAAACCCUUUUGCUCUAAAGGAUGCUGUGGAUUCUAUUGGUGAUAGCUUCACACCCGAUUGCACAUCUAAAGAUUGUUCUAAAACUUCAUCUUCGGAAUUGAAACGUAACCUUGCUGACGUGUAUGAAGUUGAAGAAAGCAUAUCUCUAUCAUCAACAAAGGUUAAAAAGGCUGGUGUUGGUGCAUAUUUGUGA